AUGGUGCGAUUGCCGUGGGUGUUUGGAAGCUUGGCGGUAGCGCUGAUGAUGGUGAUGGUGAUGGUUACGAUGGAAGAUGGUUCCACUGUGUUGUCUCAGAAGAAGCAGGAGAAGAACAACAAGUACACUGAGGAGCUUUCAUCCUUAGCUAGAUCGGCUGAGCCUGGAAGGAAACAUGCUCUGGCGCAGCUGGAUCGGCUGCAGAAGCGAAGUGGAUUCGACUCAGUCCGCGAUGCGAGAUCAAAGCACAAGGUUCCUCGUGCACUCCAGGAGAUGGAGUCCCUAGCUAAGCGCAAGUCAGGCUACAGUAGUGACUCGGGGUCAGGGGCUGCGGCCCUUGGCAAGUUGGAGCGAAGCCAUGGCAUCCAAAGCUCCAAGAAGAUGUUGGCAGAGAUCAUGAGCUUUCGCCAUUACAAGCAGAGCAACAAUGAGAUCAACGAGCUAGCCAACGGCUUCGAGUCUCACUCCAGCCUAUCCCACAGGCUGAGGAGCAGCAUCAACAUGCGCAAGGCAAGGAUGGCGAGGGCUCACCUGAGCGAGAAGAAGAGGCAUGAGGCGUCGGCCCUCAGGUUGGAGGCUGGGAGGCUGUCGAGGAGGAGAAUGCUCAGGAGUACAGCCGAAAGAGCCUCCAGGAAGAUUGGAGCAGCCCUGACGCAAACAUUCAAGCCAAUUCAGUCGAUGCUACACAGGGAUGAGAUAACGUUGGACGACAUGCUGUCGAAGAGGAAGUUGAAGCAAGUCCAAGACUCCAUUGUUUCCUCCGCAGCAGAUUCUGUCAACUCAGCUCUGAAGCAGGCGAUGAAGAAGGAGGUCGAGCGCGUGGUGCGGAAGAAGGAGCUAGAGAUGAAGCACAAGAGCAAGGAGUACCUGACUGAAGUGCACAAGAAGGCUAAGGCUGCCUUGAGCUCAGUGACAGACCUGGAUCCGGACAGCAUCUCCACGAAGCUUGAGAAGAAGACGUCUCAGAAGCAGUCGUCCUCUCAACCCUGGAGUGCCAAGGUCGAGAGCUUCUUGCAAAGCACCGACCAGUUCAUCCACAGCAUCGCUGCUGAUGGCGCUUGGGCGCUGGGAACCACGGGCAAUGAGCUCAACAAAGGGAAGGUGCAGAAGGAUGCGGCAGCGGGGAAGAAGAGCAGCAAGAGCGUGUCGGAGGACGACGUGAUCGAGGCCACCAAGUCUCACCUUGAGCAAGAGUUGCGAUCGGCACGAGCCAUUGCGAAUCAUGGAAAACUCCCGGCAAGUUACUACUGGAUCGAGGGGAAGGAAGCAAGAUAG